AGCACAGUCAUUGUGUUCACAGGUCAACCCAUUGUCUGUGUGGGGGCACGCUGGACAAUGUCACCAAUCUCUGUCCAAACCAUGAUCCAACACUGCUAUUGUGACCUGACCCAUCACUUUCCCGCUUCUCUCUACAAGAUGCUGCUCCUGUGUGAUGAGACGAGAUCGGGGGGUCCUCUGGUCUGCCUGGCACAGAGGAGAUUACAGAUCAUCAAUCUGUGACGCCAGCACAGUCACUGUGAGCAUCAUGAAUGGACAUGUGGACAGGCUAUGCAACACAACUCUCUACCAGGAUGUCAACAUCAUCACUUCUCUACUACGCUAUGGUCCUUUAACGUUUCUGCCUCCAGCAUGAAGUCAGGAUUCAUUCAUCACGGACAUUUAGAAGUGUUUUCUUUCUGAUAUCCGUUUAAGCAAAUGAAACCUGCAACUUGGAAAAUGCCCCCUGAGGAGAGAUCAUUUUUACAGGAAACUCCAACUUCUCUUCUCUUCAAAAAUAAAGAAGCUCAAACAACAGCAGGAUCUUCCAAAACAUCUACUUCAAUGCUUUGACCAAGGUUGUCUUGAUGGGAUUCAAAAUGAUGGACAGCAAUACAUGACACCUGUAAAACACCAGGUGAGUAACUAAAGAAGUUCAUCUGGAGCUGUAUUUUUAUCUUCACUUUAACAUUUUAGUUAGUUUUAUGUGAACAAGAACAUUAAGAUUACAAGUUAAUAAUUUGUAUUUUUUUAAAAUAACAUUACAUCUGCAUCACAAGUUCUGUUACAAUAACUAUGAUUAAAAUUCUCUAUCUCCUACUAGCCUACAUAUAAUUUUCAGAAUGUGCAGUGUACGCACUGCAGGUGUAAAAACUGAAAUUAAAAAGACUCCAUGGUUCUGUUAGCGGUCCAUGUAUGUGUCCAAAACAUUAACAAGUACUGGAACAAGAACUACAGAGGGGGACCAAUAUUGGUUUUUCAUGACCAACACUGAUACUGAUACUGAUCCCAAUUAUGAGUGCUUUUGUUCAUUAUCUAAACAAAUGUGCAUUUACAGUAAAAAUGAAAAGUGACAUAAAAAAUCUGAAUUUGUAAUAUUACAAACCUUUGUUAAUCACCUUUAUUAUUUAUUAUUGGUUGUGUUACAUCUGGCCAAUCAGGUAGUGUCAUGGGAGGGACAUCAGGUGAGACAAAGAGGUGCAAGGACACACAAUCAAAAGGAAAGAUACAUAGCCACAGUCGCACAUUUUAUAAAUGAUUAAUUCUAUUGUUUAUCUACAAAAUAACAAGCUGAUACAGAUAAUUGGCAAAAACACAAAUACUAGCCCAAAUGAUCAGUCCACCACCCCUGGAAAUAGACUGUCACAAAAUCAGUCUCACUUAAUCAAACAUUUGACAGAGUGUCUGGGAUUAUAGCAGUGUCACAUACGUGUUUAUAUUUUGACGUUAAGCGACACAAAGAUAUGGACUUAAUGCACAGCAGUCAUUGCUCUGUUUUCACCUGAGAGGCUGCGUGAUGUUAAAUAGAUGUCUGUCCGUGAGGAGGAUGUGUUUUGAGUCAUAAAACUGACUAUGGGACUCUCAAUAUAAAGCUUGCACUGUUGGACCACAAGUUGUGCCAUUGUAUGUAUAAAGCAAGAGAGUGUUAGGCUUUAUUAAACCCACUUCAAUGAGUGUUGAAAGAGCUAUGAUCUGAGCAGUCUUUUAUCGUGUAGGUAUUGAGAAGUGCGUUAAUGAUUUUAAAUUUGAGAAGUUUUCUGUGACAAAGAUUUUGACUCAGAAAUCACACUCCGGUACACCAUCAUAAUAUUGUUUUGUAAUUCCUUGUACAAGUGCUAAAUGCAAUGACAGUAGUGCAAAUUCUCAAAAAAAUAAGAGAGACCAUCAGGUGGAUUGACAGCAAAGUAUAUGAAGUAAAAUCUUGAGGCCAACGCUAAUAAAAAAUGGUGAAAUUAAACCAAUAGUUACUAUAAUAACAUAAAAUAUGAGUUAAAGUUUUGACAAUAAAUGCAGUUUGUAGUAAAAUAACUUCUCUGUCCAAACCCCUCAGGGUAUCAGUCUGCUUUGGUCUGGCUGAGCUGUAACCACCACCAUGUCUGAGAUGCAGGUCCUCUACCAACCCCGUCACUUCAUCCAUCACUCUUCUGGUCUCUACUUGGACCCCAGCCUUAUUCAGCGCCGUGUCCUUGAGGAUCAGGUUGAGCUGUGGUGGUUCAGAGAACCCCGUCGCUCUCUGUUGUGUUACUGCGCCUCAGUAGCCCUCAUUCUAGGUCUGGGUCUAGGCGGUGUGGGCCUCCUCUCCACAACCACCAGCUUGUCAGGGGAGUGGCGCCUCGGUGUAGGAACCACGCUCUGCCUCUUGGCCUUGGCUGUUCUGCUAAAGCAGCUUCUUAGCUCAGCCAUCCAGGACAUGAACUGUGUGCGCAGCCGGCGACGAAUCGAGCAGCUGAAGAGCGGCGGGAGGGCAGACCCAGUGCUCAUCUUAGCUGUUGGGGUGGCAGUGAUGCUCUGUGGGACCGUGCUGCUCUUUGUGGCCAUGGUUGGCAGCCGUGGUCAUGACAAAAAGGAGAUGUUGCUGUCUAGUCUGGUUCUGCUGGCAGCUGGGACAGGCAUGGCUCUGGCUGUGGUGGCGUACAGUGUGCUGGUCUACAUUAAGAGGAGAAGAGAGCAGAGGAGGAGGAUGAUGCUGAGGAUGAGCAGAGCCAGGAGGCUGGGGAGUCGAGCAGUCAGGGUGUUCAAUGUCUCAGGAGGACAGAUGAGUCAGGCGAGGAGAGACACGUCCUCCAGUAGAACCAGCCUCAUCUGAAUUGACUGAAUGAGUACAUUUACACCCAGAAAAAGGAGUUGAAGGGGGGAAAUCAGAAGAUAAAGUAAAAUUAAAGAAAAGACAACUCUAGGAGAAUCAUAGAUCCGUUGCCCUGUCACCGACCUUAUGUAGGUUUUUACAUCCAUUAACAACUUUUUGAUCCAUCUGUGUUGCUUUGAUUCAAAAUAAAACCUCAGUUAUUUUCAUUAAAUCAGAACAUUGCUGUUUUGU